AUGGCAUCCAAGUACCAGCCGGUCCCGCCUCGCGAGAAGCAACGCCAAUUCCGCUUCAACGCCUCCAAAGCGCCGUCAACGCCGCCGCCUAGGCAGGCCGCCAAGACCAAGGCACAAAUCGGACGAGCGCCCUUGGAGCCGACAAAGCCGCCAGCGGCGGCAGGUUCGCCCAGGAAGCCGCACGCCAAGGCGUCGUCUGCGGGCGUCAAGACGCACGGCGGGCACGGCGGAGGGAAGGAGAACAGGAGCUCCAACUUCAACCCCGACAAGUACAAGCAGUCGCCGUGUGACAGGCGUUCGCCUGCCCUCGCUCGGUGGAAGGCCGGCCAGUGCUCCAAAGGCGACCUGUGCUGGUUCAGGCACGGACCACAGGACACGGCGACCGAGGUGCCGUACUUCGUUCUGAUGAUGCAUGUCGAGGAGGGGCUGUCAAAGCCCUCUCUCAUCCGCAAGGGUGCCGCUACCCGCUCCGAUUCCGCGUACAGCGAGUGCCACCUGUGCAUCGGGCCCGCCUCAAACGACUGCGCGCCUGAGGGCGCCCCCUCCGAAUCUGCAAACGUGCGAACGACCGAGCCGCUCGCCAGCGAGGCGGUCGAUUCUGGUGAGUCGAAGUCGACGGACGGCCCGGCCAGCCCCCGCAGCCCGGUGACCGUGAUGGAGCUCAGCCUCGAGCCGCCGCAGUUCCAGCCCGACCGAGGCCUCGUCCUCGACUCAGCGCCCCUCGCUUUCCCUCUCGAGCCAGUUCGUGAGACCCCGAGCGCAUGGGCGUGGGGUGGCUCGCCCUACCUUUUCUUUCAGCCCUCGCCGCCGCCGACGUCGCCGCCUCCACAGGACCUCCCCUGGCCCUGGCAGUGGUUCAGCGGCGGCGCAAAGGCGGCGCCUCCGAUCUGGGCGCUCCUGCUCGUCUCCGAGCUCCUUCCGGUGCCGUCAAUGUCGAUCCCACUCGCGCUGCUGGUGACACCAACCGACGGCGCAUCCGCAUGCUAA